UUCUUCUUAGGCCUUUUUCUGGGGUCUCUCUGUAAUUUAUAUAAUUUUUCUUAGAUUCUCAAUUUCUCAUUUAACCAUCAUCAUCAUCAUCACCAACUUUACAAAAGGCCCUCCUUUAUUGGUUUUUAAAUUUGGUUUUGGCCUUUUAAAUUAGAGCUCUGCUUGUGAUUCAGAUUUGUGCGUACAUACAUACACACACACACACACACACAUAUAUACACACACACACACACAAAUUUUUGUUGCAUACAUGUGCCUUUCAUGUCGCCCAGUCUUUUAACCUCUAGCUUUUGUUCCUUUCCUUAACCUUUAUUGGUUCCAAUAUAAAGAAACAGCUCUAAACUUGGGUUGAAACCAUCUCUAUAACCAAUUUACAGGGUGUUUUGAUCAUAUACACAGCUCUUCAUAUACAAAUAUGACUUCUUUUGUUAUUGAUGGAGAGCAAAAGUUGCUCUUUUCUUCAGGUCAUUGAUUUGGUAUUCAAGAGGGACUGGUGGAAUCGAAUUCCAACUUUUAGCAUUGGUUGAAUGCUGAAGGAAUUCAAAUGAUCUGUUUUGUGGGUUGUUUUGAUUAAAUAUUGUUUUUUUGGGAUUGAAAUUGAGACGGUUGAUGUGGGCUUUUGAGGGGAGGAAGAAGAGAGUGAUAUUAUUGAUUAGCAUUAGCCAAGGAAGGGGAUUUUUGGCUGUUGUAUCCAAUGGAGGCACCAGCAGAGCAGCAGCAGAACACAACACCGAAGAAAAAGAUGACGAAGCAAUUGACAUGGAAGCGCGACAACACUUCACUGCAUUCAGCAGCCAGAGCAGGACAGCUUGAUGUGGUAACGGAGAUCUUAGCCGGUACCAGAGAAGACGAAUUGGAAGAAUUGUUGUCGACGCAGAACCAAGCCGGUGAAACACCUCUUUAUGUUGCUGCAGAAUAUGGUUAUGUUGAUUUGGUUAGGGAGAUGAUUCAGUACUAUGACCUUGUCACUGCUGGGAUCAAAGCAAGGAACGGCUUUGACGCAUUGCACAUUGCUGCUAAACAAGGGGAUCUAGAGGUGGUGAAAGUGCUAAUGGAGGCACAUCCGGAGCUCUCUAUGACCGUUGAUGCAUCGAACACAACAGCUCUGCACACUGCAGCGACGCAAGGGCAUAUAGAGGUGGUGAAUUUUCUCUUGGAGUUUGAGAGCAGCCUGGCGGCUAUAGCUAAAAGUAAUGGGAAAACAGCUUUGCAUUCUGCUGCAAGAAAUGGGCAUGUGGAGGUGUUGAGGGCACUUUUGGGGAAGGAGCCAGGCAUUGCAACGAGGAACGAUAAGAAGGGCCAGACUGCACUUCACAUGGCAGUGAAGGGCCAGAAUCUUGAGGUGGUGGAGGAGCUGAUCAAGGGAGAUCCUUCGUCGAUAAACAUAGUUGAUUCUAAGGGAAACACAGCACUGCAUAUUGCAUCUAGAAAAGGCAGGGCUCAGAUCGUUAAGAUGCUACUAGAGCAGAGUGGAGCCGAUACAAAAGCUAUUAUUAACAGGUCUCAUGAAACAGCCCUUGAUACCGCAGAGAAAAUUGGGAAUGCUGAUAUUGCAGCCAUGCUGCGGGAGCAUGGAGUUCCGAAUGCCAAGACCAUCAAGCCACAAGCAACAAAUCCAGCCCGGGAGUUGAAGCAAACCGUGAGUGACAUAAAGCACGAAGUCCACCACCAGCUAGAACACACUCGCCAGACUAGAAAACGCGUGCAUGGCAUUGCCAAGCGCCUAAGAAAAAUGCAUGCCGAAGGACUUAACAAUGCCAUCAACUCCACAACUGUUGUCGCGGUCCUCAUUGCCACUGUUGCCUUUGCAGCCAUUUUCCAAUUGCCUGGUGACUUUGUUGAUGACCCCGGCGAAAUCCCUAAUGGAUAUUCUCUAGGAGAAGCAAAAAUUGCUCCAAAGGUGGCAUUUCUGAUUUUCUUCAUCUUUGAUUCUAUUGCCCUCUUCAUUUCCCUUGCGGUCGUGGUGGUGCAAACCUCAGUUGUGCUCAUCGAAAGCAAGGCAAAGCAGCAGAUGAUGUCGUAUAUAAACAAGCUAAUGUGGUUGGCUUGUGUGCUUAUUUCGGUAGCAUUCUUGGCGAUGUCAUUUGUUGUGGUUGGUAAGGAUCAAAAGUGGCUUGGUAUUGCAGUGACAAUUAUAGGGACAACAAUAAUGGCUUCAACUUUGGGGAUAAUGUGUUAUUGGGUGGUUAAGCAUCGGAUAAAGUCCUCGAAUAUGAGGAGCAUUCGGAAGAACUCUAUGGGCAGUAGGUCGCGGUCAUGGUCAAUGUCGGUAAUGUCAGAUACAGAGGUUCUGAACAAUGAGUACAAGAAAAUGUAUGCACUUUAGAGCUUCAUAUGCCCAACCCUUUUUUUUUGCUGGUGGUGUACAAUGUAUUGCUGACUUAAGGCCUCUACUAUGAAGGACAUUCAGAAGAAUUUUUUGGGCAAUAGAAGCCAAGAUCAUGGUCAAUGUCAGUGAUCAGAGAUCAGAUGUACUGAACAAUGAGAAUACAAGAAAAAUUAUUCACAGGCUCUGAACAAUUGAAUAUGAGAAAAUGUAUGUGUUCUAAACGCUUCCUACACCAAACAUUGUCUUUUCAUGUUCUGGUGUGAUGAUACCUUUUAAUUCUAUACAAAUUAUCUUUAAUCUGAA